CUCCCCUCGGCACAGUAUUUAAAAAGUUUCACCCAUGUCCAGCACCUCACUAGGAAGAAAGCUUCAGGCCUUGGGAAACGCUCCAGGGCAAUCACAGCACAGAUCCGCUUAUGGUUUUCCAGCCGGGACAAGGAGGAUGUUUAGAAGAGCUCCCAAAGUAGCAAAUUUGCGACAGCAUAAAGAUCACAGACAAACUGUUUUUUAGGGAGGAAUUGGAUUUCUAGUUCCUGUGCAAAUUAGGAAUUCUCCCAGCGGCUGCCGCUCCGGUUGCGAAGCCCGAGCGCCAAGGCGGGAGGGCGGCCGGCGGCGGGGCGAGCCGAUGGAGCCCACCGCCAGCAGCUGCAUGCGCAGCCCGCCGGCUCCCGCCCUGCUCUGGGGCUGCCCGCGGGGCGCCCGCGCCGACGGGGCCCCGGCCGUGGGGCCGAGCCCCCCGCCCCCGGGGCCCUUCUCCUUCCACCAGAAGUCGGACUUUGCUCCGUACUGCGAUUUCGCCGCCUCCUGUCUGGCGGCGGCUCCCCACAGCUUCCCGCGGGAGCCCCGGGCGCUGGCGGAGCAGCAGCCCUCUCCCCAGCGCCCCGGCUGGCCCCCGGCCGCCGCCGAGGCCAGAGGACGCCUCAGCCUGGCGCUGGCGUCGACGUCUGCGGAGCCCGAAGGCGGCCACCCCAACCUGCUGGGUGCUGCCGUGGCUGCGCACGGCAGCUACGAGCUGCCGGGAAACACUCCGAGCGGGACGGGGAAAAAGGCAUCCAGAAGGAAAAAGGAAAACUCAGAAAACCAGAACUUGAGCAGCAAGCCAGAAACAAGCAGCAAAUCAAGGAAGGAAAGGACAGCUUUCACUAAGGAGCAGCUACGGGAGCUGGAAGCUGAAUUUGCCCACCAUAAUUACCUGACAAGGCUCAGGAGAUACGAGAUAGCUGUGAACCUGGAUCUCACGGAGAGACAAGUCAAAGUAUGGUUUCAAAACAGAAGAAUGAAGUGGAAGCGUGUUAAAGGCGGGCAGCCAGUGUCCCCCCAAGACCAUGACACAGAAGAUGUGGACUCUGCUGCCUCCCCCAGCUCUGAAUAGUCCUUGUGACAGUGAGGAGGGGUAUGGAGAGGGGACUGCUCACAGAGCGGAUGCCACGCAGCGCUGGGUCAGCGCCGUCGCUGUGAGAUGAGCCUGCCUGUGAAAUCUGUAGCCCUGAGCCUUUGAAAGGGGAGCGAUGCUUUAAGUGCAGAGGCACUUAAAGAACACAGGGGAAAAAAAACAAGGAAGGACAUGACUUUGAUUUUUGUCUGAAUGAAUUUAACUCUCUGGAAUUGUCUUAUUACCACAGGUGUGUCUUCAGAAUAUUAACUAAAAACACUGAAUAUAAAGCAGGAAUAAUGUUGUCUAGGCUCUCAAAUGCUCACAAAAUACAGGUCAUCAGGCAGCAAGAAAGGGUUCAAUGAGUGAUAAUACAACACCGUAUUCACGUGCAGCCCUUCCCUGGUCACUUCUAUUCAUUCUGUGUUUGGAGCUGGCAAGGCACGUUUUCCUUGUGCCUUCCUCCAAGACAGCAAUAAAUGCUUUGACAGUCACUGAUUUUUCAUGCAAUAUGAACAGAAAACAUACAUGGCUAAGCAAUAAGAUAAAAAACAAAAAUUUGAGGACAAAACUAUAGAUGCAGAAUGCUGCUUGCCCGUUGGGGAAGAGAUGGCUUUCCCCUUAGGAAUACAGAGGGCAGGUGCCUUGCUGAUAGCAGUAAUUUGCAGCAGGAGAUUUCUUCCAAGCUUGCAGCAAAUCCUGAAAUCACAUUGCUAAAUCUCAAAUUCAGAUAUUUUUUCAAAACAAUCAUUACCAAAUAUCACAUCAGAUACAGCAAAGAUUAAGCCUUCUGAACACAGUAGCUAUCACUGUUUUGGUUUAGACACUUUUGUCUGUUUAACUGAAGGAAAACUACUCUUUCAUGCCUUUCUUUUGUAUUUCUGGAAACUCUCUAAACACCCAGUAUUUUCUUUGUGAAUUUAGGAUUGUUAGGAGAAGCAGAAAACAAUAUUAUGGGGAGUGAUUUAGCUGAGUUUACCUGCCUUCAAAUUCUUGGUUUGUUUUCCACUGGAGACAAAACUUUCCACAUAACAAGCAUGCACAUGUGUAUAUUUAAAUUAUGUACAAAUACAUCUGUCAAUCAAUGUAUUUUCUGGAUUAACACUUAUUACUCAUAGACCUCAAAAUCAAUAUCUGGGUUUAUCAAAUUUACAGUUAUGUGACCAACUUAGCCUUUUUUGCCUGUUUGCAAACUUUCCAUUAAUAUGUUCUUUUUUGUGAUUUUUUUUUUUUUAGUGUUUGCAGCUGUUCAACUAGUUCAUACAAAUGCAAAGUAUCUUUUCUCUUCAAAACAUGUAAACAUAUUGUGCCUUCUUUGUCA